AUGGCGAAAGGCUUACGUUUUCUAAAUUUGAUCAAACCGGCAUUAUGUGUUCUCCCAGAAGUGUCUCCCCCUGAUAGAAGGGUUCCUUUUAAGGAGAGAGUUUUGUGGACAUUAAUAUCAUUAUUCGUAUUCCUAGUAUGUUGUCAAAUACCUAUUUAUGGUGUUCUAAGUAGUAAGAGCUCUGAUCCAUUCUAUUGGAUGAGGGUUAUCUUAGCUUCAAAUCGUGGCACUUUAAUGGAACUUGGUAUAUCACCAAUUGUUACUUCCAGUAUGGUUAUGCAACUACUAGCUGGUAGCAAGAUUAUUGAUGUUGAUCAAAGUCUCAAAGAAGAUAGGGCUUUAUUUCAAGGGGCUCAAAAGUUAUUUGGACUUUUAAUUACACUAGGAGAAGCAGUAGCAUACGUUAUUAGUGGUAUGUAUGGUGAUAUUCGUACUAUUGGUGCCUGGAAUGCAAUUUUAAUAAUUAUUCAAUUAUUUUUUGCUGGUGUAGUUGUUAUUCUAUUAGAUGAACUAAUGCAAAAGGGAUAUGGCCUUGGUGCAGGUAUCUCACUAUUUAUUGCAACCAAUAUAUGUGAAACUAUUGUAUGGAAAGCAUUCAGUCCAACGACAAUAAAUACUGGACGUGGAACAGAAUUUGAAGGUGCAGUUAUUGCCUUAUUUCAUUUACUAUUUACAAAGCCUGAUAAAAUAUCAGCACUACGUGAAGCAUUCUAUCGUUCCCAUGCAACAAAUAUGACAAACCUAUUAGCAACAGUACUAGUAUUUCUUAUUGUUAUCUAUUUCCAAGGAUUCAGGGUUGAUUUAGCUGUUAAAUAUCAAAAAGUACGUGGUCAACAAGGUUCAUUCCCUAUUAAGUUAUUUUAUACAUCUAAUAUCCCGAUUAUUCUUCAAACUGCAUUGGUAUCUAAUUUGUACUUCUUCUCACAACUGUUAUAUCGUAGGUUCAAGGCAAAUAUGCUAGUAAAUAUACUUGGUCAAUGGCAAGAACUUGAUGUAGGUGGGCAGUCAAUUCCUGUUGGUGGCAUUGCUUAUUAUAUAUCUCCACCUAAUUCAUUAAUUGAUGUAGUAUUAGAUCCAAUUCAUGCCUUCAUAUAUAUUACAUUUGUUCUUGUUUCCUGUGCACUGUUUUCAAAGACAUGGAUCGAAGUAUCAGGAUCAUCUGCAAAGGAUGUUGCUAAGCAAUUAAGAGAUCAACAAAUGGUUAUGAAGGGAUAUCGUGAUAGUUCACUUGUACAAGUUUUAAAUCGAUAUAUUCCAACUGCUGCUGCAUUUGGUGGUAUGUGUAUUGGUGCCCUAACUAUUAUUGCUGACUUUCUCGGUGCAAUUGGAAGUGGUACGGGUAUUCUUUUAGCAGUUACAAUUAUUUUCCAAUAUUAUGAAAUGUUUGCUAAGGAGCGAGAGAGUGGUAACAUUGUCUUCUAA